GUAGUUUCAGAAACAUUUCAGCGCCCAGCGUUGAAGGUUUCAAGAUGGACAAGUUGAAAUUUGAAGAAGGCUCAGAAUAUCCUAAGGAACUCGACAACAAUGAUUGUCUCGGGCACUACAGACAACGCUUCUACAUUCAGAAAGGCGUCAUAUACAUGUCUGGUAACUCACUCGGAUUAGCUUCUAAAGAUGCAGAAGAAACUCUUCAAAUUGCGGUUGAGAAAUGGAAAGAAGAAAGCAUUAAAAUAUGGAACGUGGACGACAGCAAGUAUUUCUUGUAUUCCAAAUACUUAGCUAAGCUCAUGUCUCCUUUAAUUGGCGUUGACGAAGACGAGAUAGCAGUGACAGGGUCUACAACAAUGUCUAUACAUCAGACGAUAAGUACCUUUUAUAAACCAACAAAUAAGAGAUUUAAGAUUCUUGUGGAUGAUUUAAAUUUCCCAACUGAUCGCUACGCCGUCGACAGCCAAGUGCGAUUAAAAGGUUUCGAACCUUCAGAAGCAGUUAAGGUCGUAAAAAGUCAAGAUGGGAAGUUUCUAGAUGAAGACAAAAUCAUCGAAGCAAUGACGGAUGAUGUGGCAAUUAUUCUACUUCCAACAGUACUUUACAGAAGUGCACAAGUUCUAGACAUGAAGAAAGUAACAAAUGCUGCAAAAGAGCGUGGUAUAAUCAUCGGUUGGGACUUAUGCCAUGCUAUAGGCUGUGUAGAAAUUGAUUUAGGGUCUCUUGACUGUGACUUCGCAGUAUGGUGCACCUAUAAAUACUUAAAUGGAGGGCCGGGAUCCACAGCCGCGUUAUAUAUAAAUAGGAAGCAUUUCAAGAAUUUACCAGGUUUAGCAGGAUGGUUCGGAAACAAGCCGGAAACACAGUUUUUGCUACGACAGGAGUUUGAGCAUAAUCAGGACGGGAGUGGGUGGCAGAUUGGUUCCCCAUCUAUAUUGUCGAUGGCUCCAAUCGAAGGUGCAUUGAAGAUGUUUCACGAAGCCGGUAUGUCUAACAUUCGUAUGAAAUCUCUAUGCUUAACUUCCUAUUUAAUGUUUUUAAUUGAAAGGAAGCUUAGUUCUUUUGGGUUUUCUAUCGGCAAUCUUAGGGAAGAUUCGAGACGUGGCGGUCACGUAUGCUUGGAACACGAGGAAGCUUAUAGGAUCAGCAUGGCAUUGAAAUCGCAAGGAGUUGUGCCAGAUUUUAGAGAACCGAAUGUGAUCCGUUUGGCGCCUAUAGCGUUUUAUACUAGCUAUGUAGAAGUAUACGAUAUGGUGGCUAUUUUGAUAGACAUCAUGGAAAGGGAAGCGCAUAAGGAGUUUAGUGCGAAGAGGAAUUUUGUUGUUUAAA